GGCGCUGGUGAGCGACCGCGACCAACGCAGCUGUAUCUGUAGAUCAAAAUGGCCGGGCAGGAGGAUCCAGUCCAAAGGGAAAUUCACCAGGACUGGGCAAACCGCGAGUACAUCGAGGUCAUUACCAGCAGCAUCAAGAAAAUAGCCGAUUUCCUCAAUUCAUUCGAUAUGUCCUGCAGGUCCCGCUUAGCUACCUUGAAUGAGAAGCUGACUGCCCUGGAGAGGAGGAUUGAGUACAUCGAAGCCAGAGUUACAAAGGGGGAAACAUUGACCUAAACAUCUUGCCGCUGAGGACAAGAAGAAUGGCCACUCAGUUUUUUCCUCUUUUUCAUUCAGCAACUUAUCAACUGUCAAUCGACUGACUGUUUUGGACCAGCCUCUUAAAGCCCAAAUUAGGAACUGCUGAAGCAGCGCCACCACUGGACUGGAUCUGCAAAAAGGGAUCUUGGAAAAACGUACAUGUUGUAUGUUUUAAGGGGGAACUCCUUGAAAGCGUUGACGGCUGCAGCAAUUCCUGAUUGGGGCUUUAAUGUGUGGGACCAUUGUAAUUACAUCAUUGAGCAUUUUGAGUAUGUUCCACAGUCUCUGCCUCAGUAUGAACAGCGUUAUUUCAUUUUGGAUCCUCAAGUUGGGGUCAGUUGACUUGUUACUGUCUUUGUGGUGGUUGCACAUGAGAUCCUUUUAACUUCGCUCUCAAACUUGACCAGCUAUUAAAAACAUGCAGACUCAGACACUAAACCUUUGACAUAUUGACAAGUGUUGAAUAAAGUAACGAGUAAAUAUAAAAUGGAAACGAAUCGACGGUUAUUUUUCUUAAAACCGAAAACGAAUUAACAUACUCUGCCCCUUUGUGUGUUUAACCAGUUCCUUUAUAUAUUUUGUAAUUGUGAAAUGCAAAAGCCUGCAUUUGCAGAAACAUAGCUGCCCUGUGACAGUGUCUCAUGCAGUAGAGCAUCUUAGCAUCUUCACACAGUGACUGGUAAUGUGUGGUGGGUGGGGGAGUUUCUAAAGUGCCAAUAAGACCAUGUUGAAGUGACGGGUGCAUCUCUGCAGAAGUGCUGUUUUGUCUUUUAUUUAAUGCUCAUACAUUGAUGUUUUGUGGUUUAAAAAGGAAAUAAAAUGUCAAGUUACUCUG